AUGUCCACCUCGCAGUAUCUCCAAGAUCUCAACAGGGAUGGGUUUGUGGUCAUAAAGUCAAUCGUGAGCAAGGAUAAGCUCGAUGCUCUCCGUGAGGUCAGCUCAAAGGCUACUCAGCUUGCUCGUGAAGGGCAAUGGCCUUAUGUACGGACUGUAGGAAAACAAUUCCCACCAUGGGAUGCCAAUCAGGCACGCGAGCAUGGAAUAUGGGGUGUCCAACAUCUCAUGAACCCUGAUCUCCCUGGCCAUGAGCUUUUCACAGAGCUGUACUUUUCUGAAGCCAUUCUCGGCAUUGUGAAGCAGCUGCUGCAAUGCCAAGACGAGCAUCUCGUGAUGGAGCUGUUCAACAUGCUUGUCAGGCCAGAAAGGGAUUUUGAGUUAAGGUGGCAUCGUGAUGAUAUCCCCGCUGAGGCUAGCGAGGACGAGGAGAUGGAGCGUCUUGGCAAGCAUGCCUACCAUGCUCAGUAUAACUUCGCUUUAUGGGAUGACGAUUCUCUCAUUGUCGUGCCUGGCUCGCACAAGCGCGCUAGGACCUCCACUGAGCGAAACGCAGAUCCCUUUGCCAAGUCCAUGCCAGACCAGCUCAUCGUCAAGCUGCAGCCCGGCGAUAUUGUCUUUUAUAACAAUAAUAUUCUGCACCGCGGGGCUUACAGCAGCAACAAGGAGCGCAUGACACUACACGGCUCCGUUGGCCAUGUGCAGGGCAACACUCUACGAGCCAGGAACGUUCUACAGCAUGGAAUUGGUAACUGGGUUGGCAAAUGUGCUUUGGGGUCGCUCCCGGAGCAAGAUAGGCGCAGGGCCGACGGCAUGAGACAGCGUCUAAUCCAGCUUGGCAGUGAGAGCGGUCAAGUUGGUUACUCACUUCAAGGCUGA